GCUGCUAAACUUUGCUCUUCCUUACUCACACCCGGAGUCGCAAGACAGACAGAGGCUUCUCACAAACGAGGACUAGAACUCAGGCAAAAUGGUCAAAGUUGGUAUCAAUGGAUUCGGCCGCAUCGGUCGCCUGGUGACCCGUGCUGCUUGCACCUCCAAGAAGGUGGAGAUUGUGGCCAUCAAUGAUCCUUUCAUCGACCUGGAGUACAUGGUCUACAUGUUCAAGUAUGACUCCACUCACGGCCCUUACAAGGGUGAGGUCAAGAUGGAGGGUGACAAGCUGGUGAUUGAUGGACAUAAAAUCAGCGUUUUCCAUGAGAGGGACCCCGCCAACAUCAAAUGGGGUGAUGCUGGUGCCCAGUACGUUGUUGAGUCUACUGGUGUGUUCACCACCAUUGAGAAGGCUUCUGCUCACUUGAAGGGUGGUGCCAAGAGAGUCAUCAUCUCUGCUCCCAGUGCUGACGCUCCCAUGUUUGUGAUGGGUGUCAACCAUGAGAAAUAUGACAAUUCACUCCCAGUUGUCAGCAAUGCUUCCUGCACAACCAACUGCCUGGCUCCCCUGGCCAAGGUCAUCAACGACAACUUUGGCAUCGUUGAGGGCCUGAUGAGCACAGUUCAUGCCAUCACCGCCACACAGAAGACUGUGGAUGGUCCCUCCGGCAAGCUGUGGAGAGAUGGCCGUGGUGCCAGCCAGAACAUCAUCCCCGCCUCUACUGGUGCAGCCAAAGCUGUUGGCAAAGUCAUUCCAGAGCUCAAUGGCAAACUGACCGGCAUGGCCUUCCGUGUCCCAACCCCCAACGUGUCAGUGGUUGACCUGACAGUCCGUCUUGAGAAACCAGCCAAAUAUGAUGACAUCAAGAAGGUUGUGAAGGCUGCAGCUGAUGGACCCAUGAAGGGCAUCCUGGCAUACACAGAGGACCAGGUGGUCUCCACAGACUUCAACGGCGACUGCCACUCCUCCAUCUUUGAUGCUGGCGCCGGCAUCGCCCUCAAUGACCACUUUGUCAAGCUGGUCUCAUGGUACGACAACGAGUUUGGAUACAGCAACCGUGUUUGCGACCUUAUGGCCCACAUGUCCUCCAAAGAGUAAACCAACCAACCAAUCUGCUGCCAGUGCACUUUGCCACAUUACCCACAUCCUCCUGAAUCCAGAGUUACACAUGUGCAAUAAGACAUUGUGUUGUUUGUGACUCUGCCUGGUUACUAUCAGAUGGUCGACCCUCAUAAGAUGCCUGAGAAAAGACCCAAAAAAGAGCAAACAAAAGAAUCCAAAUUGGUGACCAAUUACUUUUUUUUGUAUUUUCUUAACUCCCUGUUCUGUUCUUGUGAGAUGGAGUGAAGGUGUGAGACUUGUCUUUCUGUAGUGUUGAAGUACUGCAGUCAGACAUGGAAUAAAGUCCUCCGUGAGA